AUGGGAGGAGUAGAAGUUCUUCAUCCACAAAAUUUGUUGAAAGAUCGAUUCGCUCACCACCGACCUCGUCAUAGUUCAAUUAAAUCCCCUACGAAAUUCCAGAAAAAACCAAACAUUUCUCCUAACCCUAACCCUAAUUCUUAUCCGGAGAAAUCGAGUCGGCGGAAGAGAAUCCAACAGAUUACUUCCAACAAUCGGUAUUCUUCUACCUCACCUCCAAACAACCGCACCCUGGUAAUGGGGCAGGUUAAGAUUUUGAAGCGCGGAGAAGCGUUGAACAAAGAUAUGGACGAGGGGAACAAGAAAAUGGCGGCAGUUGACGAUUUGAUGGUUCUUUCGUCGAUGGAUCGGCUGGGUCCGGAGCCGGAUAUGAUUCCAAACCAGAUCCAGGUCCUGAAGUUCUACGCAGAGUUUUCUGUAUAUGAUUAUGAAGCUCCCAUUUCCUUUAUGUACUAA